GGGAAGUUCUAAAAUGAAGCGAAACUAUCCAAGCGGUGCUGAAAAAAGGAGGAGGCGGGAGGAAAACAAAAAGAAUAUUGCAAAGUUGCCAAAGCUAACAAGUUUUUUUGUGACGGGUGCUGCAGCUGCUGCUGCCAACACAAAAGCCAUUGAAGAACAGAAAGAAGCAGAAGCCGAAGUCAAUGCUAAUGCUAGCGUGGAUGAGUCACAAGUGGCUGCCGACAGUGCUAUGCCUAGCGGCUCAAGUGAUGCUGCUUUGGCUAUAUGCAAGAAUAUUUCAACAGCAGCUGCUGAUGAUGACAGUGCCAGCCCAGGCUGUCCAAGUGAUGCUGCUGCUGUUGCUAUAUGCAAGAAUACUUUAACAGAAGAUGAUGACAUAGCUGCUGAUGAAAGUGCCAGCCCAGGCUGCUCAAGUGAUGCUGCUGCUGUUGCUAUAUGCAAGAAUACUUUAACAGGAGAUGAUGACAUAGCUGCUGAUGAAAGUGCCAGCCCAGGCUGCUCAAGUGAUGCUGAUGCUGUUGCUAUAUGCAAGAAUACUUUAACAGAACAUGAUGACAUAGCUGCUGAUGAAAGUGCCAGCCCAGGCUGCUCAAGUGAUGCUGCUGCUGUUGCUAUAUGCAAGAAUACUUUUACAGGAGAUGAUGACCCAGCUCUCUGGCCAAAACAUCUUACUGACAACGAGUGCUGCUUACUAGUGCAGAGAGGCCCAGUUCAAAUCAAAGACAGAAAUUAUCCAAAAAAUCAUGAGGGGCGAAGAUUUUCUAACCACCACUUUUACCUGCAAAUGAAAAAUGGGGAAAAGAUAAAGAGGUCAUGGCUUGUGUACAGUGAAAAAAAUGACUCUGUUAUUUGCUUUUGUUGCCGCCUGUUUGGUAACCGAGAAAGGGACACUCUGCUAAGUGGGGAUGGUUUCAACAACUGGAAGAAUCUUUCAGCCCACUUGAGACAACAUGAGACAUCUGCUAAACACAUUGCAAACAUGGAUACUUGGCGCAAUCUUUUCCAGAAACUUCAAACAAACACAGCUAUAGAUCAGGUAAACCAAGAUCUAAUUGCUAUUGAAGUAAACCGCUGGAAAGAGAUUUUGAGAAGACUUGUUGCAAUUGUAAAUCAUCUGGCAGAGCACAAUCUUGCUUUUCGUGGCCACUCAGACAGAUUGUUUGAGUCUGGUAAUGGAAAUUUCCUUGGACAAGUCCAAUUAAUGGCUCAGUUUGACCCAGUGAUGCGAGAGCAUUUGAGAAGAAUUCAAACAAAACAACAAAGUGACAGCUAUUUAAGCAAGACCAUUCAAAAUGAACUAAUUUCCCUUGUAGCAAAAUGUACCACUGAUGCCAUUAUAGAGAGAGUAAAAGCAGCCAAAUAUUAUGCCGUUAUCAUGGACUGCACUCCAGAUCUCAGUCACAAUGAGCAGCUAUCAGUAGUGCUACGAAUACUUAAUUGUGAGUUGUCAAAGGGUGUCUCCAUUCAUGAGCACUUCGUUGGAUUUCUUGAGGCACUUGACACAACAGGAAAAGGCCUAUGCGAGACAUUUUUAACCCAUUUACAAACACUUGGAUUGGAUCUGUGCAACUGCCGAGGCCAAUCGUAUGAUAAUGGGAGCAACAUGCAGGGUAAAAAGCAUGGAGUGCAAAAGAGAUUGCUGGAAUUGAACGAAAAAGCAUUGUGUGUUCCUUGUGGGAGUCACACUUUGAAUCUUGUUGUUGGUGAUGCAGCUAAAUCUUCAGUUAUGUCCAUCAGCUUCUUUGGGCUGUUACAGCGGCUUUACACUCUCUUCAGCUCCUCAGUUAACCGUUGGACCAUUCUCAAAGAACAUGUGAAGAAUUUUACACUGAAGGCUUUGUCAACAACCAGAUGGGAGUGCAGAGUUGAAGCUGUUAAAGCUGUUCGCUACCAGCUGCCUGAAAUUGUGAAAGCAUUAACUGCUCUAAAGGAGUACGCCACAGAGAAACGAGAUGCUGAUGUUGUCUCUACAGCUGAAAGCAUAUGCAAGGAGCUGCAAAGAUGGCCUUUCAUGUAACACAAGACAUGUGAUCCUAAACAACUAGUCCAAUUUAGGUCCCAGCAAGCAGAUCUAUUCAGGAGAUUCUGUCGGAGAACCCGCUGAAAGACCAAGAUAUGAACAGUUGCAACAAAUGUGCAUAUAUCAUGUGUGAGGAGUGCUGAUGAAAAGUAACACAUGACAGAGGACAUCAUAAGACAUCGUAACGCAUCAUAACUGUAUGAGGACUGCUGAGAUAAAAAAUUACAAGUAGGUCUUAGAUAAGGAGUGACAAAAGGGUAGAAAAAGAGAUGCGGAGGGCCCCAUGUUUGUUCUCGCCUUGGGCCCCAAAAUGGCUAAAUCCGCCC